AAGAUGCCGAUUAAAUACAUUGGACGCACGACUGAUUUCAAGGGGAAGACGGUGUGGGAAAUCUUGGGUAACCUGAAAAACUUUGGCAUCGGGAGAGUACUCUACAGAAACCAAUUUCAAAGAUACCCGGAGCCAUGUUAUUUCAAAGUUUUGAAAGUGGCUGCUUUGCCAAACCAGGAAAACCGCAAAGUGACAGUACUGGUGCAGGAAACCUUCCGAGGGAAGACUUUAGAGAAGCCUGUGCAAAUGGAAUCGACAACCUACAAAGAUGAUUACGUACUUGUACCAAAAGACCAGGAGGAAGAAUUUUGCAAACCUGUCCCUCCGAGACCCAUGACUAUCUUAUCUAGAACGGCAGAAUUCCCUCCGUUGCUUAAAGAGUUACUCAUGCGGCAAAUCAAAGUAAAAGACACAAGUUCAGAGGAGGUGAGAUUACCUGUUGUUCUUAAUCUAGCGUCAGGAAACAUGUAUCGAAUGGCGGAGGAAGGAGAAACACCAACCGAAGAAGUAACAUGGAAACUUGGAAAACCAGCUAGUCCUAGUCUGUAUGCAAACAUCAAACCCUGAAGUGUAUAUUAUAUUGUACCGUAUAUUUAUUAAACUGUUAACAUAUAUCUUAAAAUGUGUAUGCAUUAUGUACUUCCAGAUUUAAUUAUAUAUAUGAGAUAUU